AAAAAGGGCCCCAAAAACAUUAGAGCUGAUUGUUGCUGCCUGCUGGAUCCGAGACUUCGCUGUUCUUCUUUUGCUAUGAGUCCUUGAGAGAUAAAGCUCUUGGAAGAGUAGGCAUGGUGGUUAAAUUAGAAAUCUACAGCGCGUAAGCACUGCUCUAUACCUAUAUCAUCUUCCCUAUCCCCCCUCUCUCUCUAUCUCGCUCUCUCGCUCUCUCUCCACUCUUACUCUCUCUCUCUUCUGGCAAAGAUCUUUAUCGAUCGGUCGAAGAAUUCGAGGAUAUGGGGUCUGCCGGGGGAGUGAUCGUGGAGGAUGAAGAUCGCCUCCAGAUAAUGGAGCUCGCGACCAUGUGUUCGGUGCCCAUGGCGCUCAAAGUAGCGGUGGAGAUGGAUGUGGCGGAGCGGAUCGAAAAGGCGGGGCCUGGCGGGCUUCUGUCCGCCGCCGAGAUCGUGUCACAGAUCCCCGAGUGCUCCAGCCCCAUGUCGCCGAUCUACCUCGACCGGAUCAUGCGAGUCUUGGCCAGCCGCAAGAUCUUCAAGGAGGUGGACGAAGGGGGCGUGCGCAAGUAUGGGCUUACUUCCAUGUGUAAGCAUCUCAUCAAGGACGAGAGAGGGGUCUCUCUGGCGCAUCAUGUCCUCAUGAAUCAAGACAAGGUGUUCAUGGAGACCUGGCAGUAUCUCCACGAAGCUGUUCUUGACGGCGGCGAGCCCUUCACCAAGGCGUUUGGGCAGACCGAGUUUGAGCUGGGAAAGGAGAAUUCCAGGGUCAACAAUCUCUUCCACGCCGCCAUGUCCAAUCACUCUAAGCUCUACAUGAACGCCAUCCUGGAGGCCUACCACGGAUUCAAGGGAAUUGGGACACUAGUCGACGUUGGUGGUGGAGUCGGGACUUCUCUGACGGUGAUUCUCAAGAAGUAUCCCGAGAUCAAAGGGAUCAACUUCGAUCUUCCUCACGUCGUUGCCAAGGCUCCUCAAAUUCCAGGUGUGGAGCACGUUGGCGGGGACAUGUUUGUGAGCGUCCCGCAAGGAGACGCCAUCUUCAUGAAGUGGAUCCUGCACGACUGGAGCGAUGAGGCUUGCAUCACGCUGCUCAAGAACUGCUACAAGUCCAUCCCCGAGCACGGAAAAGUUAUUGUGGUGGAUUCCGUUCUGCCCUCGGUGCUGGACACGGGCGCUGGAGCUCGAGUGGCUCUCAGCAUCGAUCUCUUGAUGCUCGUCUAUAAUCCGGGUGGCAAGGAGAGGACGUUUGAGGAUUUUGAGAAGCUCGCCAAGGCGUCGGGCUUCUCGAGCGUCAAAGUUCCCGUGACUGUAGACUUCAUAUCAGUAGUGGAGUUCCACAAGUGAAAGCAAGGCACUGUGUCAAAAGUAAUAAACAAUACGACUGAAGUUUUCUACGUCGUCUCUCAAUUAA